AUGCUCCUUCGACAUGGCCGAUAUAGGUUUCUCCUGGCAACGUUCAUCCGUUGGCAGAGUGUCCAAGCCGUGACGAAACGAAAACCAUUCAAAAAGGUACUCGUAGCAAACAGAGGAGAAGUAGCAGCACGAAUACUUCGAACCCUCCGUGAAAUGGAAAUCGAAUCCGUUGGCAUCUAUACGUACGAGGACCGCUUCACCCAGCACCGUUUGGUAGAUCAUUAG